GUGCACACUGGGAGCUCAAAGUACAACUCUGUAUAUUGUAUUUUGCAAUGUACAAUCAUUGCAGUGGAGAGCAGCGAUGGUGAGGUUAGUCCUCUAUCCUUCUCCAUCCCCCUUGCCCUGGCGCCUGUGAAACAGAGCAUCCCCAUGGCAACAGCAGCAGCUGGUCCCUAGAUAAGAGGAGCUGGAGCCGGCCAGCAGCAGCCACUGCGCAGAGGAGCCAGGCCCAGCUUCGGUGAGCAAACGCCCUCCCUGUCUCUCGUCUUCUCUUCCCAGCGCCUGCACAGAUUGUGCCGGAGAAGAAAUACACACACGCACCUUCUUUGAUGAUGUCCACUCAGCAAAUGCAGCCACUGGAGAUCUCAGAAGACAGGCUGGACAAGCUAGAUCCUCGUUGCAGCCACUUAGAUGAUCUUUCAGACCAGUUCAUUAAGGACUGUGAGCUCAAAAAGAAGCCAAGAAAGGGGAAAAAUGCACAGGCCACCCUGAAUGUUGAGUCAGAGCAAAAAAAACCAAGGAGGAAAGAUACACCGGCCCUGCACAUCCCACCUUUCAUACCAGGUGUGCUUUCAGAACAUCUAAUUAAAAGGUACGAUGUUCAAGAGAGACAUCCAAAGGGCAAAAUGAGCCCAGCUCUUCAUAACACUGACCUGGAACAGAAAAAGCCAAGGAGAAAAGACACACCUGCCCUGCACAUGUCCCCCUUUGCAGCAGGUGUGACACUGCUAAGGGAUGAGAGACCCAAAGCGAUCACGGAAGAUGACGAAAAGGAUGGUGACAAGAUAGCUAUUUAGAGACAGUUCCCCUGAGACCCCUUGUAAAUAGGUUAGAUCAGUUCCCUACAGUGACCUAGAGAAAAAAAAUAGAUUUGUUUCUGCUCUCA